AUGGCGGCUGUACCAACGCCGCCCGAGACGCCUAUCCGCAUUGGCACUCGGCGCUCGAAUCUGGCCGUGGUUCAGGCAGAGGGUAUUCGGGACAGUCUACAGAAGAUUGAGCCUCACCGAUUCUUUGAAAUCGUCACGCUUCGACCGCUGGGCGAUCGGGACAAGACGACGGCCUUGUACGAAAUGGGGGUGAAGAAUCUGUGGACAUGUGAACUGGAAGAGAAGCUUGUGUCGGGCGAGUUGGAUCUUGUUGUACAUUGUUUGAAAGACAUGCCUACCGCGUUGCCCGAAACCUGCGAGCUCGCCUCAAUUCCACCACGGGAUGACCCGCGAGACGCCCUGAUCGUCAAGGCAGGUCUGCCUUACACAAGCUUGAGCACUCUACCGGACGGCGCAGUCAUAGGGACAUCAUCAGUGCGCCGCUCCGCUCAACUACGACGACUCUAUCCGCGCCUGAACUUCGCCAAUCUGAGAGGCAACGUCGAGACUCGACUCGCCAAGGUGGACGAUCCCAACAGCGAAUACACAUGCAUGAUCAUGUCGACCGCGGGUCUGGAGCGCGUGGGACUCCGUCACCGGAUCAACCAGUGUUUACAAUCCAGCAAUGGGGGUAUGUACCAUGCGGUUGGCCAAGGCGCUUUGGGUCUGGAGAUCCGCAAAGGAGAUGCGCAAAUGCAUGCACUGCUGAAUCAGCUGGCUGAUCGUCGCUCGACGCUGGCCUGUCUGGCUGAGCGGUCGCUGUUGAGGACUUUGGAGGGUGGUUGCAGCGUUCCUAUCGGUGUUGAGACGGAGUGGGUAGAGACGGACACUUUGCAUAUGCGGAGCAUUGUCGUGAGUCUGGAUGGGGCGCAGAGUGCUGGAGCUCAAGUUGAGGCGAGGUUGGAGAAUCCUGAGGAAGCUGUAGUACUAGGCCAGGAGCUUGCUGCUAAGCUGGUCGAGGCGGGUGCGCAAACUAUCCUCGACGCGAUCAUCGUGAAUCGACCGGCCAAGGAAUGA